AUGCCUCAAGAAGACGGCAUUCAAUCUUCCCAGCCUCGGGCCACUUUUGAAUCGUACUAUCUUCAGAAGUCGACGCAGGAGCUUGCUGAAGACCUGGAUAAAGUGCGCGGCGCAGACGACUUCAAGGCAGAUUCGAUCCCUUUUCUCGUCCAUGCUCUCCAACAAGGAACCGUUCAGUUUAGCCAGGCUGAUCGUGAGCGUGUCACAGGCAUUCUCAGAGAUGGGAAAAAAGUCUGA